CUCCCCUGCCUUUUUUUUGUUUGUUUUUAUUUUCAUCUUCCACAAAUACAGUAAAAAGAACCUGUUUUCUUUAGAAGUGCCUUGUGUUUGACAAAGAUGGAUCAAGAGCACUGGAGGAAACCUGUCAGUGGCCUUUUUUCUUCUUUCUGGCUUUUUUUCCCUUUCCUCAAAGCUAAGGUGUGUCAGUGUGUUGCAUUGAUGCUGAAGAGGCAUCAACAGCUAUGAGACUGUAACCUCCCUGAGAAAAGUACUGGCCGUGUCUACAAAACGAGAUCAUGAGACUCUGAAGCAGAGUUUAGCUGAUGUUGGGCAGGUCACUUGCUCACCGUAGCUCCGAUUGCAGUGUUCCCGAAUCCCAAACCAUGAACCAUUCCAGAUGGACUGAAUGGAGGACUCUGAACAUGAGCAGUAGCAUUGUGAAUGUGUCUGAGCAUCUCUCUUGUCCGCUAGGAUUUGGCCACUACAAUGCAGUCGACAUCUGCAUCCUUGAGACAGUCGUCAUUGUUUUGCUAACAUUUUUAAUUAUUGCUGGUAAUUUAACUGUAAUAUUUGUCUUUCACUGUGCUCCGCUCUUACAUCAUUAUACCACCAGCUAUUUUAUUCAGACCAUGGCCUAUGCUGAUCUUUUUGUUGGAGUUAGCUGCCUGGUUCCUACAUUAUCAUUGCUUCACUACUCUACAGGUGUCCAUGAGUCCUUGACUUGUCAGGUUUUUGGAUAUAUCAUCUCUGUGCUGAAGAGUGUCUCCAUGGCAUGUCUUGCUUGCAUCAGUGUUGACCGCUAUCUUGCUAUUACAAAACCUCUCUCCUAUAAUCAACUGGUCACGCCUUGUCGCUUGAGAAUCUGUAUCAUUUUGAUCUGGAUAUACUCUUGUCUGAUCUUCUUGCCUUCCUUUUUUGGUUGGGGGAAACCUGGUUACCAUGGUGAUAUUUUUGAAUGGUGUGCUAUCUCCUGGCUCACCAAUGCUUAUUUUACUGGCUUUAUUGUGUGCUUACUAUAUGCUCCAGCUGCUUUGGUAAUCUGCUUCACAUAUUUCCACAUCUUCAAAAUUUGCCGGCAGCACACCAAAGAGAUAAAUGACCGGAGAGCUCGUUUUCCUAGCCAUGAAGUGGAUGCUGCUGGAGAGACUGGGCACAGCCCUGACCGCCGCUAUGCCAUGGUUUUAUUUCGGAUAACCAGUGUGUUUUACAUGCUUUGGCUCCCCUAUAUCAUAUACUUUCUGCUGGAGAGCUCUAGGGUGCUGGAUAAUCCAGCACUUUCCUUCUUAACAACAUGGCUUGCUAUAAGCAAUAGUUUCUGCAACUGUGUGAUAUAUAGCCUCUCCAACAGUGUUUUCAGGCUGGGACUCCGGAGACUGUCAGAGACAAUAUGUUCAUCUUGUAUGUGUUUAAAAGACAAGGAUGUACGGGACCCCAAACCUAGAAAACGGGCUAAUUCCUGCUCCAUUUAAAGAAAACUGGGACAACUAAUGAAAUGCAAUCUGACAUUGGGUUUGGAUAGCAUUUGAUACAUCUGGAAAUUUGCCACAACAGAAAUAUUUACUUGAAUAGUUCCUAUGACAUGAGAUGUGGGUUUGGAAGUAAUUCGGAAUAAAGGAAAAGGUUGCUAUUAAAGGGCACUGAAAGGGUACACAAAUUAUUAUGAAUAUGGGUCUUGUGAAAUUGUGUGGUGGUAUGACAGAAAUUUAACAGAAGAUGAAAGAAAUCAAUAUCUCAUAUCUUCUGCAGGGCAUGAUAUAACAGGCACUUCAAAGCAGGCCCCCCUUAGGAUAAAUUAGUGACUUAUUAAAUUUUUUUCCUUGUAGAGAAAUAGUCAUAUAUUAUAUAUGUGGCAGGAUAUACAGUAGUCUCUUGCAUUAAAAUAAACUUUUUUAAACACAGUGGGUGGCUCUCCAUAAAUGAUAUCAACAGAGGAUGCAUAAUAAAUGUUGCAAUUUAACAAUCAGCUGCACAUAGUCUGUGCUUGUGUCUUGUACUAUUUUCAAUUGUAGAAAUAUCCGCUAAACCCUUUCCCUCCCCCCCAAAACCUCAUACAAAUUAAAGAAACGGAUGGGUACACUUUUUGGAUAAAGUUAAAGUUUUAUUUUUUGCAUUUCUGGUGCAGCUUCCACAAAGCCUGCUUCCCUCCCCCCCCAUUUCCAUUUUUUUCAUGCCCUGCACCCUGGGUUCCAUUAUUCAGAAGUUAUUUAGUUAAUGAAGGAGCCUGUCAGAUAAACAUAAUUUCAAAUAACUUCUUCCUUCAGAAAAUUCUGGCUAUUUUUACUAGCUUGAUGAUUGCAUUCACCAUAUUCUAAUAACUUUUACAAACUUUGUUCUCUGUAUCCUGCUGAAUUAGCACACAGUAUUGAUGUGGUGUCCUUUAGGAUGUACUAAAGCUUUUCCUUUAACAGUUACACAAAUAAUCCUAAUGCAAAUAUGAUAACCACACACAGCAGUGUAACAUCACUGCUCAGUGAAUUAAAAAAAUUUUUAAAUGGAAAAUAACUUUUCUGUGGGGUCUGAAUAGCUUACUGUUGUAGCUGCCAAUCCUUUGUGUGAACCUAGCUUGCACAUAUUGUAUUUUUUUAAAAAAGAAAAUGUAAAGUAUGUGGUCUGUGCCUAAUGUUUCAUAGCAUAUGGAGUAGGUCAAUUUUAAGUCUACAGGAUUUAAAAAAAGAAUUACUUGCUCUAAGAGAAAUACUUUUGUGCAGUUAUUAAAUAGAUACUUAUUAGAGGAGGAGGUGGAGAGACAAUUUAGUAUAAAAUACAGAUAAGAGCCUCCGUAUUGCCUUUUGUAUUGCCUUUCAGGUUCACCGCUUAAAUAAAAUACUUUGCAAGGGCACUACAUGUGUAAUAAAUUGCCUGGGGUUCAGAUAUAGUAUGGCAGGUAGUGAAAUAUUUUAAAUAUUAUUUUUGACCCAAGGUGCCAUUUUGGCAGAUGGUGGUUUGUGUCCUUUUUUUAAAAAAAGGCCUAACUAUUGCUCCUCUUAACAGCUGCGCUAUAGUUCCUUAUUUUACCAAAAUGCAUAUAAUGAAGUUGUGCCUAUGACUUUUCAUAAUGGAAGUCAACCCUCUUUGCACACCAAUGGUUUGACUACAGUAGUCCCUUUAAAAAUAAAAAUGUACGCAUUGUUUUAUUGAGGUGGUUCUGAACCCCUGUACAUUUUUAAAACUGUAAGAAAAGUAAGAAAAAAUAAAAAGAAUAAAGUAGUAUUAUGUAUAUCAAAACCAGACUUGGCUUUAGUUCCCUGAUGUUAUUCUCUGUUCUCUGAAAGUCCAAAUGGGUGACAACUAAGGAAUUAGAAUAAAAAAAAAAAAAAAAAAAAAAAAAACUUUAAUUAUUAUUAUAAUUAUUUUUGUUGCUUUCCCUACAUCAUAUGUCUGUCAUUGUUUCUAAUAUUGUGUUGGUGAGGAAGGUUUAAGUGCCACUUGGAACUUUCCUCUAGUCUAGCUAAGCUUAUUUGGGGUUGAUAAUUACCCCAGAUUAAUACUCCAGAUAUAAUUUGAGAGGAAUUCCUUGGUACCUUUGUCUUUACCUCGUAUAUCUCAUAGUUGUUUAGACAGAUAUUCCUAUUCCUUCCCUUCUGAAGACAAUGGGUGAAAUUUUUGAAAGUGCUUAAAGUGGUUUGGUUCUAUUUUUAAAAGAGUUUUAGGCAUUUUGGUGCCUUCGUCUCAAUGAAAGAGAGUGAGAUUUAGGCUCCUAAGAGUUCA